AUGUGCUGCCAGUCCGGCUCCUUCACAGCUUCCCACAUAGAGAUGUAUGCCCAUGACCUCUCAGAAGCUCAGCCGAGGCCACUGGUGGCACUGCUGAUCGUCGGAAAUGGAAUCAUGAUUGGCUUCCAAACCCAUCCGGACCAUCAAGGCUGGGAAUAUUGGACCCACGUGGAGAUUGCAUUUGUGAGCGUUCUCGUGCUGGAGAUCGCUUUGCGAAUGCACUUCCUGCGCUGUCAGCCUUUCUGGUGCGGGACAGACUGGUUUUGGAACUAUUUCGACAUUGUACUCGCUAUGACUGGGGUGGUGGAUAUCUUGGUGCAGCUGGUGCACGACGAAGACUUCGACAUUUUCGGUACAUCGCUGCUGAGGUUCUGCCGCCUAAUCCGGCUGGUACGCAUCGUGAAGGUCUUCCGCCUGAAGUUUAUGCGGGAUCUGCGUCUCAUGGUCAAGGGCCUUGUUGCAGGUCAUUGGUGGAUUUGCUACGAUGACAAUCGGGAGCGACUCGAGAACACAGGUCGUGUAGCUGUUCGUGUCUGCUUCGGGCAAACUCCUCAGCUUCAGGAUGAAGACUUGAUGAAGUACUUCGAUAAUCUUCCGCAGUGCAUGUUCACCGCCUUCCGGUGCUUCACUGGCGACUGUGUGAACGACAAAGGAGAGUUGUUUGGAUACAAAUUCAUCCUGCCCUAUGUGAUCAGCUACAUGCUCGUUGCAAUGGGCAUAUUCAAUGUCAUUCUGGCUGUCUAUGUCGACAUCACGAUGAAGGCUGCCAAGGAAAACGAAGCAGUGACCGCGGAGCAAUAUGCACGGGAGUCCAUCCGGGUGGCGCGAACCACACGCGAGCUCCUCAAGCGUUUUGCAUCUGCUUACCGCCUCUUCCACGACAUGGAGGACGAGAGCGCGGAAGUUUCCCAUUUGGAGAUUAGCCCAAACAAGACGGUCUUCACGGAUGAAGAUGUGCACGAAGGUAUUGCGAUCACUAAAGAUCUUUUUCUUCUCGUGAUCCAAGACCGCGGCGUGCAGCAGUUGAUGGAUGAGCUGGACCUGCCGCCGGAUCGGGCGAAUCUCUUCGAGAUUAUCGAUGCUGAUGGCAGUGGAACAUUAAGAAUUUCCGAGCUGGUGCAGGGUCUCCUCAAGAUCCGCGGGGAAAUUAGCAAGAGCGAUGCCAUUGCCGCUCUGUUAGCCACCAAAGCUGUGUACUCCAUGUUGGAGGAAAUUCGUGAAGAGACUGGGAAGGGUUUGGACGAUUUGAAAGACCUGACUCUGCGCAGUGUAAGCUUUCUACAUGCGGAACAUUCCAAAGCGGCCUCUGCGGACACAUCUCACUGUCCUAAACUUCGAGAGCUGGCUCCUGACGUGGACUCUGAGCCAUGUUUUCAGCACGAUUCUGGCAAGCCUGACCUGCUUCUCCCGAAGGGUUCCGUUUUUCAGGAAGCAGCUGAUGUUCAGCUGCGAUCUUGCUGA